UGUGUUUGACAUAUGUAUAACCUAUAAAAAAGUUUGUUGCAAAGUUUGUUGUUACAUAUUUAGUUUUUCUAUUAAUUUAAAAUGUAUAUGUAGUUAUGAUAAUUUGGACUAGAACGUUUUAAGCUAUGGCCUUCGAGAUAUACCCUGGUUUGAUUAAAACGAUCAACGAUGGCGAAGAAGUAGAAGACUUCUCCGAUGAAUCUGAUGAAGAAGUUGAGUAUCAACCUUCAAAGCAGAAAAUUAAACAAAAGGCAGAUUUGAACCCCCAGUUUAAAUUUGUGUCUUCAGUAGAAGAGUAUAACAAGAACACAUGGGACAACUUACACAAAUACGUGAAGCGAAAUGUAAAACAGACCAUAGACGAGAAGAUAGAGAGGCGGCGGGCACAGGCGAAAGUGAACGGCACUGCUGAUGCAGAUACCGACUCUGAUGUUGAUGAUAAAGAUGGAGAAGUUGAUGAACUUGAAAUAUCAGAUGAUGAACUCAAAAGGGAUGCAAUCAAAACAAAGGAGAAGAAGCUCACCAAAAAGCAGAAAUUAAAACAGGAGCUCGAAGAUGAAGAAUCUGGCACCAAGAUAGAAUACGACUCGGAUUUCUUCGAAGAGCCACCGCCGUACGAUGAGAACGCGACUUUCUACAUGAUGAACUUGUCCAGACCUUUGCUGAAGGCAAUUGGAACUUUGAACUAUGUGCAUCCUACUCCUAUACAGUCGGCCACCAUACCUAUUGCGCUGUUAGGCAAAGACAUAUGCGCGUGCGCCGCCACCGGUACCGGUAAAACGGCGGCGUACAUGCUGCCCAUACUCGAGCGGUUGCUGUUCAAAGCGGCCGGGGGGGACAGAGUCACUAGGGUACUUGUGUUGGUGCCAACAAGAGAAUUGGGUGCUCAAGUCCAUGCAGUGACAAGACAGCUGGCUCAGUUUACAUCGGUCACUGUCGGACUGUCGGUCGGAGGUCUGGAUGUUAAAUAUCAGGAAAGCGUACUCCGGCGCAAUCCGGACGUGGUGAUAGCGACGCCCGGCCGGCUCAUCGACCACGUGAGGAACACGCCCUCGUUCACGCUGCACGCCAUUGAGGUGCUCGUGCUGGACGAGGCCGACAGGAUGCUGGACGAGUAUUUCGCCGAGCAGAUGAAGGAGAUCAUCCGGCAGUGUUCACCAAAACGUCAGACCAUGUUGUUCUCGGCGACAAUGAGCGAUGAGGUCAAGGACCUGGCUGCGGUGUCAUUGAAGAAACCCGUCAAGUUGUUCGUCGACUCGAACAAAGAUGUAGCUUUCAAUCUUAGGCAGGAGUUUGUGAGGAUCCGCGCUGAGCGUGAAUGCGACAGAGAAGCGAUCCUAGCCGCUCUCGUCUGUAGAACAUUCCGCGACCGUGUGGUGAUCUUCGUUCAGACUAAGAAGCAAGCUCAUAGGCUGCACGUGGCUCUUGGAUUGCUGGGUGUUAAGGUAGCCGAACUCCACGGAGCCCUAACCCAGCCCCAACGCUUGGACUCCCUCAAGCGCUUCAAAGACGAACAAGUGGAUGUUCUGGUGGCGACUGACGUGGCCGCCAGGGGAUUGGAUAUACCAGGGGUGAAGAGCGUGUUGAACUUCACCUUACCUGCCACUUUGGAACAUUAUAUUCAUAGGGUCGGCAGAACAGCCCGUGCGGGCCGCGCGGGCAUCUCCGUGUCGCUGGCGGGCGAGGCCGAGCGCGCGCUGGUUAAAGCGAUAGUGAGGCGCGCGCGCCGCCCCGUCAAGGCAAGGCAGGUGCCGCCCGACAUCGUGGCCAAGUAUAAGGGGAAACUGAAGCGGUUGGAGCCCGAGAUUGCCGCAAUCCUUGACGAGGAAUACGCGGAGAAACAACUGAACAAGAUGGAGAGACAGACGACCAAGUUGGAGGGAGUAUUGAAGAAAGAGGAGGAAGUCGGACCUAAAUACGAGGUCAAACGACAGCACGAGUGGUUCCAGACGCCGAAAGAGAAGAGAGAGGAGAAGGAGAGAUUGGCGUUGACACAGCAUCAGGGUAAAGAUAAACAACAAAAGGGCAAAGGCAAGAAACGUAAGCGGGAUUCCGACGAAGAUUCGGACGACGACGCGGGCGGCAAGAAGAGAAAGAAACAGACCAAGCAUAAACCAAAAGACACGCCCGAGGAGAGAGUUAAACGGGAGAUGGAGAAGGUCGCGCUCCUCCAAUCAAGGAUGGCCAAACGCAAGAAGAAACAGCGCAGAAUCCGCACGGUUGAUGACGAUGAUGAUCGCCCAAAAACACAGCGACCUCCCACCAAGAAGAAGAAGUUGAGCAACUUUACGAACGACCUGACAGAUACAUCUCAAAAAGCAGCGAAGAGACUUCGGUACGACGCCAAUUUGGUCCAAAAAGGAAAGUUCCCGAAGGGUCCUCAGCAAAAAGGGAAAUCGGGGAAAGGACCACCGCAGAAAGGGAAAGGAAAAGGGCAACAGAAAGGGAAGGCGUUCGCGAAAGGGAAUAAGGCGUUCGGGAAGCCCCAAGCGCCGAAAAGCGGACGUAGGAAAAACUAAUAUUUAAUAAAGUUUCAUAAAUUAA